UGUGGCAGACACGGACAGACGGAGUUAGUUAUUGCGUCUCCAGUAGGACCGCUACUUCACCGCUGUUCUUGUUGCUCUUGAUUAUCUGAACUCGGACGAAACGUUACACCGAGUGAACAUGAUAUUAUUUUCUCAUCAGCUUUUCAUCCUCCUAUGGAUUGUUGUCACAGUGGUAUCUUCUUCUGUGGGGGUAGAGUCCAACAACACGGCUCCUGGCACUCAUGACAGUCCUGGGCUCACAGAUACAUCCAUGACCCCAGGAGAUAGAUCCACCACCCUCUUAUCCACAAAUACCCCAGUCUCCACUGAACCCAGCUCCACCACCACAGACCCCUCAACUGUCCUCCCUAGCACUGAUGGCACCUCACCCACAACAGCAGCCAUCUCUAAAACUGAAGAGGUCUCUACUACAACAGACCUGACCUCAACUUCUGAUACGACAGAGUCUAAGACAGCAGUCGGCACCACUGCGACAGAAACAAGAACUACCUCGUCGGUCAGCACAGCAAGGUUGACUUCCUCAAACAAGACCACAGCGUACACUGUCACUUCCCCUGAGUCGACCGAAAAAGACAGUCCGUCUACAGACAGUGACAUGACAACACCCACCACCACACCUGCCCUUAGCAGAGGUGACUCUCUGUCUACUAUGGAACAUACAGGCCGUACCUCAGCUGAUGUGGGGACAGAGUCAAACACAACUCCAGACAUUAUCCCAACCAGCAGUACCACUGAGACAGGUACACAUGAAACAACAGCUAUCAACACAGCUACCACAGAUACAGGUACAAAUGAAACAAUAGCUAUCGACACAGCUACCACAGAUGCAGAUACCACAGAUACUGGUACACAUGAAACAACAGCUAUCAACACAGCUACCACAGAAACAGGUACAAAUGAAACAAUAGCUAUCAACACAGCUACCACAGAUACAGGUACACAUGAAACAACAGCUAUCGACACAGCUACCACAGAUACAGGUACCACAGAUACUGGUACACAUGAAACAACAGCUAUCAACACAGCUACCACAGAUACAGGAACAAAUGAAACAAUAGCUAUCAACACAGCUACCACAGAUACAGGUACACAUGAAACAACAGCUAUCGACACAGCUACCACAGAUACAGGUACCACAGAUACAGGUACACAUGAAACAACAGCUAUCGACACAGCUACCACAGAUACAGGUACAAAUGAAACAAUAGCUAUCAACACAGCCACCACAGAUGCAGGUACCACAGAUACUGGUACACAUGAAACAACGGCUAUCGACACAGCUACCACAGAUACAGGUACAAAUGAAACAACAGCUAUCAACACAGCUACCACAGAUACAGGUACAAAUGAAACAACAGCUAUCAACACAGCUACCACAGAUACAGGUACCACAGAGACAGGCACACAUGAAACAACAGUUAUCAACACAGCUACCACAGAUACAGGUACACAUGAAACAACAGCUAUCAACACAGCUACCACAGAUACAGGUACACAUGAAACAACAGCUAUCAACACAGCUACCACAGAUACAGGUACACAUGAAACAACAGCUAUCAACACAGCUACCACAGAUACAGGUACACAUGAAACAACAGUUAUCAACACAGCUACCACAGAUACAGGUACACAUGAAACAACAGCUAUCAACACGGCUACCACAGAUACAGGUACACAUGAAGCAACAGCUAUCAACACAGCUACCACAGAUACAGGUACCACAGAUACAGGUACACAUGAAACAACAGCUAUCGACACAGCUACCACAGAUACAGGUACACAUGAAACAACAGCUAUCAACACAGCUACCACAGAUACAGGUACACAUGAAACAACAGUUAUCAACACAGCUACCACAGAUACAGGUACACAUGAAACAACAGCUAUCGACACAGCUACCACAGAUACAGGUACACAUGAAACAACAGCUAUCGACACAGCUACCACAGAUACAGGUACACAUGAAACAACAGCUAUCAACACAGCUACCACAGAUACAGGUACACAUGAAACAACAGCUAUCAACACAGCUACCACAGAUACAGGUACACAUGAAACAACAGUUAUCAACACAGCUACCACAGAUACAGGUACACAUGAAACAACAGUUAUCAACACAGCUACCACAGAUACAGGUACCAAAGACAGUGAGACCACAGGUUCAGGGAUCACAAAGUCCACCAUCCCACCAACUGGUCAGUCCUCUCUCCCAGUAACUGAGGGUAGUACCCUGUCUUCAACACCCCUCUCCGCCACUACAAGGGGUCCUGAGACCGCUCUCCCAGUGACUGAGGGUAGUACCCUGUCUUCAACACCCCUCUCCGCCACUACAAGGGGUCCUGAGACCGCUCUCCCAGUAACUGAGGGUAGUACCCUGUCUUCAACACCCCUCUCCGCCACUACAAGGGGUCCUGAGACCGUUCUCCCAGUAACUGAGGGUAGUACCCUGUCUUCAACACCCCUCUCCGCCACUACAAGGGGUCCUGAGACCGCUCUCCCAGUAACUGAGGGUAGUACCCUGUCUUCAACACCCCUCUCCGCCACUACAAGGGGUCCUGAGACCGCUCUCCCAGUAACUGAGGGUAGUACCCUGUCUUCAACACCCCUCUCCGCCACUACAAGGGGUCCUGAGACCGCUCUCCCAGUGACUGAGGGUAGUACCCUGUCUUCAACACCCCUCUCCGCCACUACAAGGGGUCCUGAGACCGCUCUCCCAGUGACCAAUGGCUCCACGUCAUCAUCCCCCACCGCCACCAUUACAGGGAGCCCUCAUACAGACAAAACCACUGGAACAGAGGGGACUACCGAUUCUACAACCACAGCUGGCACUCCAGCUUUACCCCCAACCUCCGGCUCUUCCUCCAGCCCACCCUCUCCAGGCUCAACCCAAACCCCAGGCAGCAGCACUGGUGCCCCCGUAGACACCUCCACCACCACCCCUGCCCCCUCACCCACCAUCACACCUACAGGAGAAACCCCUGGGCAACCGACCAGCAAAACUAGUGAGAGCCCACUUCCUCCUUUCCACACCUCGACCUCCCCUACCGGUGGAAGCACCACCCAGCCAGAGUCAGCCAUCACUGCUGCCACCUCCCUGCCUCCACCCAUCUCCAUAGUGUGUCCCUCCUCUCCCUGUCCGUAUGAUAGCAUCUGUCUCAACGGCACCUGCCAGUGUAUGUCUGGGACCUUCCUCUUAGAGGGCCGCUGUGUACAAGCCCAAGUCUUCUCUGGAGACCUGCAUCUCAACCAGACAUUUCAGGCUGAAAUGAGCAACCGGUCAUCAGGGAUAUUUCAGCAAACAGCAGCCAGGAUCUCAGAGGCACUGAGAGGAGCCUUGGAAAACGAGUCUGGAUACAGGCAAACUGAUGUUGUGCUGCUUCGGCGAGGCAGUGUGAUCGCGACCGUGAACAACGUGUUUAAACUCGGCUCCAGUGCCACCCGGACUUCGACCAAUGCCGCUAUAGAGAAAGCCAUAAAAGCCUGUAGGACGGCCUGUGGGACCAUACUGCAGAGAGCUACAUUUAACGCCACUGACCUAUGUGAUCAGACCCCCCAACCAUGUGAUGUCCGCUCUACCACGUGCGAGUACAAAGAAGAUGGAGUGACCAGAUGCUCCUGUAAGGCUGGCUACAUCAACAGCUUCUACUCAAACCAAAGCUGCACAGCCUGUCCCAGUGGUCAAAGGUCAGAGGGAGACACAUGUGUGCCAUGCACGUUUGGCUACGCUGGAUUCAACUGCACUGACUCGGCUCUGUUGGCAGUGGUGGUCAUCGCCUGUGUACUGGGCGGAGUCCUCCUCAUCAUGCUGCUGGGCCUGCUUGCAUACUGCUGCUGGUACCGGUCGCAGUCGGUGAAGAAGCCUUCAGCAGAGUCCAGCAGCCCGUACCCUGUGGAGGACUUCCGGGGCCCCUGGUCCACCUCCCAGGGCAUCACCCCCAUCCCCCGGGCCAGCACCAACUGGGCUUCAGCCCCCAUGGAGAUGACCGAGGGGGGCAGCACACACACCCUGGUCGACAUGAAGCCCCACAACAACGGAGCGGGAUUCCACAUCCUGCCUAAACGGGGGAAGAAGACCGGGUCGUAUGACCUGACCUCAGACAGCAUGAACACGUUCAAGGGGAAGAACCCGUCUCGCUACUCCUACCUGGUGCAGGGCCACGAGAACCCUUACUUCAAACCUGCAGAUGAGAGGAGACCCAUAUGAGAACCCUUACUUCAAACCUGCAGAUGAGAGGAGACCCCCUAUGAUAACCCUUACUUCAAACCUGCAGAUGAGAGAAGACCCAUAUGAUAACCCUUACUUCAAACCUGCAGAUGAGAGGAGACCCAUAUGAGAACCCUUACUUCAAACCUGCAGAUGAGAGAAGACCCAUAUGAUAACCCUUACUUCAAACCUGCAGAUGAGAGGAGACCCAUAUGAUAACCCUUACUUCAAACCUGCAGAUGAGAGGAGACCCAUAUGAGAACCCUUACUUCAAACCUGCAGAUGAGAGGAGACCCCGUAUGAGAACCCUUACUUCAAACCUGCAGAUGAGAGGAGACCCCGUAUGAGAACCCUUACUUCAAACCUGCAGAUGAGAGGAGACCCAUAUGAGAACCCUUACUUCAAACCUGCAGAUGAGAGGAGACCCCGUAUGAUAACCCUUACUUCAAACCUGCAGAUGAUAGAAGACCCAUAUGAUAACCCUUACUUCAAACCUGCAGAUGAGAGGAGACCCAUAUGAUAACCCUUACUUCAAACCUGCAGAUGAGAGGAGACCCAUAUGAGAACCCUUACUUCAAACCUGCAGAUGAGAGGAGACCCCGUAUGAGAACCCUUACUUCAAACCUGCAGAUGAGAGGAGACCCAUAUGAUAACCCUUACUUCAAACCUGCAGAUGAGAGGAGACCCAUAUGAUAACCCUUACUUCAAACCUGCAGAUGAGAGGAGACCCCGUAUGAGAACCCUUACUUCAAACCUGCAGAUGAGAGGAAACCCCGUAUGAUAACCCUUACUUCAAACCUGCAGAUGAGAGGAGACCCAUAUGAUAACCCUUACUUCAAACCUGCAGAUGAGAGGAGACCCCGUAUGAGAACCCUUACUUCAAACCUGCAGAUGAGAGGAGACCCCGUAUGAGAACCUCAAUGACAUCUGGAGACAUUGGCCUGUACUCACAAUGCGUCUCCGAGCAGAAAUGCUGAUCUAGGAUCAUUUUUUGGGUAAUCGCACAAACAUGACUAAAGAUCAAAUUGAGACGUCACUGACUUCUAGUAACUCUGGGUAUUGGUACAUCCUCUCAACUGUAUUUCUGUUGAAUUGUGUAGCACUUUUCCCUGGCAUCAGAAUGUUCGGAUAGAUGCUAUGUAUUGUCUAGGGCAUCUGGAGUCAUUCAUGGUUUACAGUCGUUCAUGGACUGGAGUCCUUCAUGGUUUAAUGACACAACUACAAGGGACUUGACAGCAGGGUUUUUAAAUAUGUUCUUUUGGAAUCCAUUCUCAAAGUCAGCUUUAUGAUUCAGAACGAUUUGGAGUCCAACAUGCAUUGACUUCACAGGGAUUCACUUCAAUAACUGACCCCACCAAAAGAGGAUUUUGUUCAAUACAAAUCCAUGGUUUACUUUUGAAACGUUCCGUUCAUCUGAUCAUGGUCUUUUAUCCUGUUCUGCAAUACAAGAACAAGAUUUGUAAAAAAAAAAAAAAAAAAAAGUUUUUAUUUAAAAUGGUUUUAUUUGUGUCCAUUAGGCUGUGUUGAGACUGGCAGCUCAAAUCAUAUAUUUUUUCUCUUUUGAAAAAAUAUCUGGUGUGAAAAGAUCUGAUGUGGUUGGUCAAAAGACCAACUAGUUGGGGGGGGG